AUGGAAGAACAAACAUUUCGGGCAUAUAGCCAAAAGCAGGCACAAGCUUACCUCUCGGGUAGAGGUCAGGACAAUGAAAAUCUCUUCGGUGUCAUCUGUGAGCACCAUGCUUCCACAGGUGGGCAUUUCGGGACACUCCUUGAUCUUGGUUGUGGCCCAGGAAACUCCACCAGGCCGAUAGCAAAGCAUUUCGAGAGGGCAUACGGUAUCGACGCGAGUGAAGCGAUGAUUGCGACGGGUAUAGAGGUUGGGAGGAAUGCGGUUGAUGGUGAGACGAAAACGGGAGGAAAAGUGGAGUAUAAGGUGGGCAGAGUGGACGAGGAUACUCUCAAAUUGAAGGAGGAAGGUAUUGAAAUUGACUUGAUCAUCGCAGGCAUGGCGGCACACUGGUUCGACCUGCCGAAAUUUUGGGAGGCGGCAGGCCGGGCGCUGAAAAGGGGAGGGACUGUGGCAUUGUGGCAGUAUCCUUCUCUUGCAUGCUUCCAUCCGUCGAUGCCGAACGCCAUGGAGGCCACUGCGAUACUGAACCGGCUGAUUGAGGUAGACACAGGGGAGUUUGAGAAGCCUGGCAAUCGUAUAUGCCGCGAGGCUUAUCACAACUUGUGUAUGCCCUGGGAUGUCUCUCCGCCCGUGGCAGGCUUCUCGAGGGAAGGCUUCAAGAGGAUGGAGUGGGACCGAGAGGGCAAAUUGAGCUCGGGCGAUCAUUUCUUCUUGGGAGACAAGGCCACCACCGUACAGCUGGUAUAUGAGGGGAUUUGUACGUCGAGCAUGGUACAACGGUGGAGGGAGGGAAACCCUCAGCUGGCGGACACGGACGAGGAUGUGGCAGUCAAGGCGAUCAAAAGAGUCAGGGAGCUGAUAGGGAGGGAGGAGGUCAUUGCUGGCAGAGACUGCGUCUUGUUGCUGUUCAAGAAGAGCUGA